AUUCUACCCAUGCCGAAACCGAGACCCUCAUUCACCAACCAUCAAAAUCAAAAUCAAAAUCAAAAUCAAAAUCGUCAUAAUUCGAGAUUUUAAAAAUCCCCCAAAUUCACAAAUUACCGAAUAUUCGAAUUUAGGGUUCUUCCCCCGUCUGUGUUCUCUUUCCUAUAUUCGUAUAUCCCUUAAAAACGCAAAUAAAUCAGCGACUGUUUGAUUCGAGCGCUAAGUUCUCUCUCUCGACGUUGAAAAUAGCUAGGUAUCAUUCUGAUAUAUUUGCAAUGAAGUACCUGGAAUACACUCCACUUGAUCGUAUAAGUGAAUUUUUGAGUCAUGUGAACCUUGGAGAGCGCACGGUUAAGGGAUGUCUUGAACCUUACUCUUGCAAACAUACAGGAACAGAUAAGAAGCUGUCUCUCAGUUUGGAGAAUGAGAUUCUUGAUUACCUUGGAAAGUCUUCUGACACAGACUCUUCUUCACCAGUUGAUUAUCUAUGUUGUAGAUCCAGCCGAAAGACAUUGAUUUAUCUGCUCCUUACUCUCAAUCAUAUGUAUCCAGACUAUGACUUCAGUGCAGUGAAUGCUCACCAAUUUUUUACGGAAGAAAAUUGGGAUAGUUUUAAGCAGAUAUUCGAUACCUACAUGUUUGAAGCAUCAAAGGAAUGGCUUGAGACAAAUGAGGGCAGUCCUCUGCUGGAGAGCUUGUACAAGGCCUUGGAUGAGGUUGUUAAAGUCACAGAAUGUGAAAUUUACAGUUACAAUCCGGAGGCUGAUGCAGAUCCGUUACAUGAAAAAGGAACCUUAUGGUCAUAUCACUUCUUCUUUUACAAUAGAAGGUUGAAGCGCAUUGUCAGCUUCCGUUUCAGCUGUGUGAGCAACUUGGCUUUGGUAGAUGGAUUGAAUCACGAGGAAGAUGGAGAGAUAUUCGAUGGCAUGGACAUGUGAAGCAACAGAGUGUUUAGUGCUCUGCAGUGGUGCUGUUUCAGGCCCGAAACUGUGAAUGUAUAUAAUGCCAUCAUGAGUUAUUAGGAGAUCGAUCGUGGUUACUAAUCAGACAACUUUCUAAUCCGACAUUUAACUUGUGUUAAUAUGUAUGAAGAUCACGAACAAAUGGAGAGUAAUAGUUGCAAAUUCUCUUUGCUUUUGUAUCUGCUCUCUACUAGUGUCUCGUAUGUCAUUGAAUAAAAUUUGGGACCUAUUAUGGCAUUCUUUUAAUGAACACACGCUCAUUAUAUUC